CACCUGGGGACAAAGGUGCGAUGGGAAUCCCUGGGCGGCCGGGACUAAAGGGGCAAUCUGGAGAGAAGGGUGCUCCAGGAGAAGCUGGCAUGUCCAUCAUCGGGCCCCGUGGCCCACCCGGACAGCCUGGAACAAGAGGUUUUCCUGGAUUCCCGGGCCCUAUUGGCUUGGAUGGCAAACCGGGGCAUCCUGGACAGAAGGGAGAGAUGGGUGCUGCAGGUCCCAGGGGACAGCCUGGACCCCCAGGACAAAAAGGAGAGAAGGGUCAGUGUGCAGAGUACCCGCACAGGGAGUACCUAAGUACCACACUCGCAGCCCUGCGCUCUAACCAGAUCCUUACGCUGAAGGGUGAACAAGGACAGGCAGGGAUCCAAGGGCCCCCGGGGCCCCCUGGCCCACCAGGGCCCCCUGGACCAGCUGGACCUGAAGGAAUCCCGGGACGUCCUGGGCCAGUUGGACCCCCUGGCAGAGCAGGAGAACCUGGGAAGCCUGGCAGAGAUGGAAAGGGCUUACCUGGGCCUCCUGGACCAAAGGGAGAUGCUGGCAUUCAGGGAUACCCUGGCAGAAAGGGUGAGGCGGGUGAGGCAGGCCUGCCCGGUGCCCGUGGCCUCCCUGGAGCCUCUGGCCCCAAGGGUGAAAAAGGGGAUGCUGGCAUCAAGGGGGAGAGAGGCAUGCCAGGGCUGCCAGGAAGACAUGGCUCUAAGGGCGCUCCGGGGCUGGCGGCCGCCGGGAUGAAGGGCGAGCCUGGGACUCCAGGAGAAAAGGGAGAUUCUGGACUGCCAGGCAGGAUGGGCCCCCCAGGUGUGCCAGGGAAGAGGGGGCAGCGGGGUGAGAAGGGACGAGCUGGUGACCCUGGAAUUCCUGGACUUCCUGGCCCAAAGGGAGAGAAGGGAAUUGCUGAGAAUGCCUUGGUGGGAGCUAAAGGAGAGCCUGGCCCUCCAGGUCUGCCUGGACCCCCUGGACCAAAGGGAGAAGCUGGUGACGUUGGUCAGCCUGGUGCUGCAGGAUCACAGGGAGAAAAGGGGGAACGUGGCUCACCAGGAGACCAGGGACCCAUGGGCCCAAGGGGCCCCAAAGGAGAGCCUGGGAAGGAUGAAAUGAUGGACUAUGAUGGGAACAUCAGUGAAGCUCUGCAGGAAAUACGAACUUUGGCCUUGAUGGGACCCCCAGGACGUCCAGGUGUGGCUGGGCCUCCAGGGCCACCAGGACAGAAGGGUGAAAUUGGCUUGCCAGGUCCUCCAGGCCACGAUGGAGAAAAGGGCCCGCGUGGCAAGCCUGGAGAAAUGGGCCCCCCUGGGCCCCAGGGGCUGCCAGGGAAGGAUGGAGCUGCUGGCAUGAAGGGAGAGCCAGGCCCCGCCGGGGGCAGAGGAGAGAAGGGUGACAGGGGAGAGCCAGGACAAGCGGGGCCACCGGGUCUAGAUGGCCCCACUGGAGAGAAGGGAGAACAAGGUGACCAAGGGAUGCCAGGACCAUCAGGAUUGCCAGGGCCCAUUGGACUUCCAGGACUGACAGUAUCUGGGCCCCCUGGCCCCCAGGGCCCUCCAGGACCUCCAGGUCUUCAGGGUGUCCCAGGACCCAAGGGGGAAGCAGGGAUUGAUGGAGUGAAAGGAGAGAAGGGUGCCCAGGGUGAAAAAGGAGACCGAGGGCCGCUGGGAUUACCCGGUGCUUCAGGCUUAGACGGCAGGCCUGGACCAGCGGGUAUUCCAGGACCAAUUGGGGCUUCGGGACCAGCAGGACCAAAAGGAGAAAGGGGCAGUAAAGGAGACCCUGGAGUUGCAGGACCAAUGGGGCCAGCAGGGCUUCCUGGUUUACAAGGUCUACCUGGUGACAAGGGAGUCCGGGGGGAGAGGGGCAAGAAAGGCUCUAGAGGGUCUAAAGGGGAUAAGGGAGACCAAGGAGCACCUGGAUUAGAUGCACCCUGUCCGUUGGGAGAAGAUGGCCUUCCAGUUCAAGGCUGCUGGAAUAAGGGUCAAACUCCUUGGCUGAUAGCCAGAAAGUGAGUCUGAGGGUGCAGAAGCUUGGGAAAUGGCAGCAGAGGGAAAGGAGAAGGAGGACCUUCCUGAAGAUUUGCUGGAGAUGUUUUCAAGUUGCCUCCCUGGAGCUUGGGAAGAGUUCCUCAGCAGGGCACCAGGAAUGUGUGCCCAGAUGCUGGGCCUGCAGGAGCUCGGCGUGCCAGCACUUUCUGCUUUGCUUUCUGGUUUCUCCCAGAGGCCAGUGGCAGGGGUUGAGAAUGGCACCAUUUAUUUUAUUUUUCUUUGGUCAUUUUCACUUCACUCUACUAUUGUGGUCAGACUCUUCAGAUGAAGGAUUAGGCUCAUUUUCCAGAAGCAGCUGCAUAAAUGAGUGCAAGACAUAGACAAUAUUUCUGGGAGGGGAUCCUUUGAUCCAAGAAAGAAAUACUUCUUGAAGAUUUCUCUUUAGAAGAGCAGAGAAACCCCAGAACUGUGUUCAGUUCAGAGUGCUGCUCAGAGAGGAUGUGAUAACACUUUUUGCUACCAUUUCUGGUUACCAGGUGACAAACUUCCACCUGUGUCAUUGAUGAUUCCAUCUUUAACCUUUUCAUCACAAACUUUCUUCUCCCAUUUAAUUAUAAGGAAAUGACAUUGGUUUGUUUGGGUUUUCUAAAACCAUACUGGAUUCUGAAGGCAUGAAAUAUGUUGUCAAGAAGAGAAAAAUAUGGAGUGUGGAGAAAGUCUGGUUUUACUGACUAAU